GCAAACAUGGGUCUGCUUUCUAUGUGUGGUAUUCUGGUGGGUUUAGGCUUGGUGUCUUAUUGCGUGCGGUGGUACUACAUCGGCCGGUUGUACGAAAGUCGGCGAAAGUUCGAGAAACAAGAACUUAUCGUAGUCACGGGAGCUACCUCGGGCGUCGGGCUAGCAACGGUAACCGAACUAGUUGGCCGCGGUUGUCACCUGGUGAUUGGAUGCCGUUCGCUGGUAACUGGACGAGCCAUCCGUGACCAACUGCUACUCCGAAAUCCAGCAGCACGUGUGGAGGUGUUCGAACUGCGCCUCGAAUCACUGGCCAGCAUCGUUGAGUUUAGCGAAAGCGUUCGUCUGCUUGGAAAGCCGAUCUACGCGUUGAUCAACAACGCGGCGGUAUUUUAUGUGCCACCGAAGCGCACGGAGAACGGUCACGAGUAUACCUACCAGGUGAACUAUUUGGCACCGUAUUUGCUCACCUUACGGUUACUGCCGCUACUGAAGCAGAGGGAAGGUGAAAGCCGCAUCGUGAACGUUGUCUCGAAAGCCCACAGAGCCAUUGCGGAAGCACCGGUGGACGAGAGUUCAAUACUGACCGCCGCGAACGAUACGGUUUCCACGCGCUUUUUGGCGUAUCAGUACAGUAAGCUGUGUCUGGUGGCAUUCUCCCAUCAACUGGCCAUCCUGCUAUCCACCGGACAGGGGCCAUCGAUCAGCGGCGUUUCGGUGCACUGUGUCGAUCCGGGGAACGUAGAGACACCGAUCUAUCGUCACUUUCCACCACUAGCAAACCCUGUGCUGUACUAUCUGCAGAAGCCAAUUCGUUUUUUUCUCAUUAAAACACCCCGUGAAGGUGCCCAGGGUGUUUUGUACUGUGUGCUGUCGGAAGAGAAACCAUCAUUCUACGUGCGCCGCUUCUGGAAGACGGAUCAAUCCGAUUCCAACGAAAUUAAUCCACUUGUCCAUCAACCGGCCACCGGCCAAGCAAUAUGGAAACGGAGCCGACAGCAGUGCAGCGACUUCCUACUGGAGAUGAGUGUUUAGUCCCGCUCGUGUACGAAGAUCUUGCCAAGGGACUGCGAAAGGAGCGUCUUUCCUUUAAGCUCACAACGGUCGAGAAGCCGACCGAGUUGAGCCGGUGUCUCGUGGCAGUGUACGAUGUUCUAAACGCUGAAUCCUACCAAACGGAAUAUCUCAGUAGUACGGGAGAGCGAUGGAUUACCAUGGGAACGGCAGUUACACCGG